AAAUGUGUAUAUCAACUUCCGGUGUCACGGGGUGCCUGGGAGACGAAAAGCAAAAAGCGGGCAUACCGAACAUAUCCCGUAUUUUCUCCUUGUAUACAUUUAAUUGAAAAACAUAUAUUGGGACGACGCCAAACACCGUUGUAACAUCAACAGGACGAACGGCAUAACAUUGGAUGUGCAAUUGUACCAGCAUAUCCUUAUUCACUCGACUUGCUAGUUAGCAUUAGCUCGAUACCACGACUGCUUCAAGAACAGGCCCCAGCCUGGACUUUGCUUUAUCUAACUAGCUAUCACAAGAUAACACGUUUUCUUCAUCAAAGUUAUUUUCACUUCUUAGUGUAAACUAGAACCACAUCUUUAACUCGCCUGGAGUUGUUUAUUUUGAUAUUUCUAAACCGUUGCAUUGGUGGUGUGUAGUUAGCUAGCAUUUUACUAAGUGUGCUGUGCUCUUUUUUCGCAAGCUAGCGACCGCUCAGCUUUCCCGUCCAUUUUACAGUCACAACUAACUAACUAGCUAGGGCUAGCAAAUAAGAAACGGCAAUGUCGGAUUUCGACGAAUUCGAGAGACAACUGUCUGAAAACAAACAAGCUCAGUUGGUAGAGCAUGGCGCUUGCAACGCCAGGAUAGGGCGCUCGAUUCCCGGGAACACCCCGGAGAAGGACAAGGAGAACCGCCACCACCGUCGCUCCCCCUCUCGCAGCCGCAGCCGAGAGAGGAAGAGGAGGAGCAGAGACAAGGACAGACGCAGCAGGGAUCGCCGUGGAGACAGCAAGGAGCGCAGACCGAGACGCAGCUCACCAUCCCAACAACAACCCCAAGAGAUUGCUGUAAGUCGUUCCCCGCACCGUGAAACGAAGAAGAAGAACAAAGUGAAGAAGUACUGGGACGUCCCUCCUCCUGGAUUUGAACACAUCAGUGUGAUGCAGUACAAAGCCAUGCAGGCUGCGGGUCAGAUCCCAGCCACGGCCCUGCUGCCCACCAUGACCCCAGACGGCCUGGCCGUGACCCCCACUCCCGUCCCUGUGGUGGGAAGCCAGAUGACCAGACAGGCCCGUCGGCUUUAUGUGGGCAACAUCCCCUUCGGCAUCACAGAGGAGUCCAUGAUGGAUUUCUUCAAUGCCCAGAUGCGUCUGGGUGGUCUCACUCAGGCUCCGGGGAACCCCGUCCUUGCUGUUCAGAUCAACCAGGACAAGAACUUUGCCUUCCUCGAGUUCCGCUCAGUGGAUGAGACAACCCAGGCCAUGGCGUUCGAUGGCAUCAUCUUCCAGGGACAGAGUCUGAAGAUCCGCCGUCCCCAUGACUACCAGCCUCUGCCCGGCAUGAGCGAGAACCCCAGCGUCUACGUGCCUGGCGUGGUGUCCACAGUGGUGCCUGACUCGGCCCACAAGCUGUUCAUCGGGGGCCUGCCCAACUACCUGAAUGAUGACCAGGUGAAGGAGCUCCUGACAUCGUUUGGGCCUCUCAAGGCCUUUAACUUGGUCAAGGAUAGUGCCACAGGUUUGUCUAAGGGUUAUGCGUUCUGUGAGUAUGUAGACGUCAACCUGAACGACCAGAUCACCAUGGAGAAUCAGGCCAUAGCAGGACUCAACGGCAUGCAGCUGGGGGAUAAAAAGCUCCUGGUGCAGAGAGCCAGCGUGGGAUCCAAGAAUGCCACUCUGACAAGUAUAAAUCAGACACCGGUGACGCUGCAGGUGCCGGGCCUGAUGAACAGCUCAAUGACCCAGAUGGCCGGCCUGCCCACAGAGGUGCUGUGUCUGAUGAAUAUGGUGGCUGUGGAGGAGCUGGUGGAUGAAGAGGAAUAUGAGGAGAUCGUGGAGGAUGUGAGGGACGAGUGCAGCAAGUACGGCCAGGUCAAGAGCAUCGAGAUCCCCAGACCUGUGGAUGGGCUGGAAGUCCCUGGCACUGGCAAGAUCUUUGUGGAGUUCAUGUCAGUGUUUGACUCCCAGAAGGCCAUGCAGGGUCUGACGGGCAGGAAGUUUGCUAACCGGGUGGUGGUGACCAAAUACUGCGACCCUGAUGCCUACCACCGCCGAGACUUCUGGUAGAGGAUGACGACAGAAGAGGAUAGUGAGGGGGGGUGGAUUGCCAUAUUUCAAAUCGACCGCUAACCCCACACCACCUAGGCACUUGUUUUGACCUGAAAAGGUGUGAGCGACAUAAUGUUUCACCUAGUCCAUCAGAAGGCCAGGUGGAGUUCAGAGAAGUGGCCAGGUGGAGUUCAGAGAAGCACCCGGGGGUAGGGGUUGGGGAUCUAUUUGCUAUUGGGCAAAAGAGAAGGGAGAGAUGAAGGGUUUGUAUUCUGAUGAAAACCAGGAUGGGGGGGUGGGUUCAAAGAUUUUUGUGAAUUGUGUGUAGUAACAGGACAGGGGUAAAUGAUUUUUAUACUUUGUGAGAAAGCGAUGGGUCAUUCUGGGGGUGGGGGGGGUCUUGCCACACCUUAUGGUUUGUAUUUAAAUGGAGGGAGCCUGUUUUAAGUACUUUAGGAAGGUGUAGAGAGGGGGAAGUGGAUUGGUCUACUCUAUAAGAGUGGUGGAUAGAUGGAUGGACAGGAGUAUUCAUCAUUUCAUAUGGGGAGAGGGAGGUGGUGACAUUUUUUUAUUUGACCCACCAAUGUAGAUAACAUGAUCGGUUUCUUGUUGUGAAAAGGGGGAAGGAAAGCUAUUGAUAGGAUGGAAAGCUAUUGAUAGGAUAGAAUGGAAAGCUAUUGAUGGGAUAGGAUGGAAAGCUAUUGAUGGGAUAGGAUGGAAAGCUAUUGAUAGGAUAGGAUGGAAAGCUAUUGACAGGAUAGGAUGGAAAGCUAUUGACAGGAAUGGCCUCGUUUUGUGAUUUUCCUUCUCAGAUUUGGACCUUUAGAUUUCCUUGUUUCUUUUCUUUCGUGUACAUCAGACUAAGCCCCUCUCCCUCUCCCUGUGUAUGUAGCGAGAGGGGAGAAGCUGUAACUACACAUAACCAACUCCAAUGUCACAUUGGACUAAUUUAUCUGAAUGUCAGCUUUUGUGGUACCAAUACUGUAUAUUUACACUGUCACACCUUCAUUGUCACCAGGGCCGGAGUUUGAGUACCAUACGUUUUUAUUACUGCCUGUGUCUCUGAAGGUUUUGUUUCUUUUUUGGAUUGAAACCUUUCAUCUAGUGUGAAUUAAUCCAUCUCCAUUUUUAGCAGGUAAAAUAAUUCUGUCCCUACACCCUACCCUUACCCAUAAGAGAGACUGGGAGAGGGGAAAGGCAGGCUUUUGAAGUUCUGAAUUGUUAUUUUUGAAUUGUGAGUGGUAAAUAUUGGAUUGGUGUUGAGUAGGGCUUGAUCUGGUUCUGAUUUAAAAGCCUUAAUGUUAUUUUUCAUGUCACAUUCGAGAGAAAUAUGUGGAGUACUCAUUCAUGUCUGUGCUUAGCAAGUUUGUCAAAUACAUGGAGUCAUUUCAUGCUUUGGUAUUUUCAGUUAACAAUGAUUUGAGAUUGUAGUCAAUAUUCAAGUUACUAUUGUAUUGCUUUGUCUGGAAUGAGUUUGUUUUGUUUUGCUUCCUGUUUCAAACCUACCUAUAGAAUAUUGGACUGCUCAUACAGAAAUGUCUUUGGCCCAGGUCGUGUUUGUGUAACUUCUCACCUCAGCAGACAAAAUAAAGGUAUAAAGACUAAUA